AUGAUUUAAGAUUUUUAAGUUUUAUAAUAAUAAGGAAAAAUGAUUAAUCAAUUUGGGUUAAGUUAGCAAAUUAUUGCUUAUUAAUCCUUAAAUUGUAAGGUUGAAGAACUUUAAUAAGUUUAAAAAAGACUUAAAAAUUUAAUUGAUGAAACAAAUAAAUCUAUUGAAUUAAUUGAUAUCAAAUUUAUUGAUGAAAAUCAUAGAUAAAUAAUUGAAUUAGCCAAUAAUUUAGAUGAUUACUAAGAUAAAUUUUAAUAUCUAUCUAAAAAUUAAAAAUAUCAAAAUAAAAUAGAUCAAUUGUUAUUUGAAAUAAAAAAUGAUUUUUAAUAAGUAAAUUGUUUGAUUUAAUUAUUUAAUAAAGGUGUGUUUUAAAAUUAUCAAUAGUUUAAUCAAAUAAUUGAUUCAAUUAAUCAAGAUUUAUAUGAAUUUUAAAAAAAAUAGAAUUAAUUGCAAGAAUAAAUUUAUGAAGAUUAAUAAAUUGAAUAACAACAUGUGGAAAGAAAAAAACAAUUAACAAAUACUGAAGGAUAAUUAAAUGAAUUUAUAGUUAAAAUGAAUAAGUUUUAAACUUAAAUAAAUAAUUUAAUUAACAAUGAAUAUUGUAACAAUGAAUUUACUAAGAUAAUGAAUAAAUAAAAAAAAAUUGAUUAAAAUAUGAAUUAAAUUUAAGAAUAAUUCAAAAAUUUUACAGAAUUUAAUUAACUUACAUCCUAAGAGAUUAAAAUCAAAUGUUAUAUUUGGAAUUCUUUUAAGAGAAAUUUAAAAAAUAAUUUGAAGAUUAAUAGGAACAAGUUAAUUAACUUUAAUAAAUAGUUUAAAACAUAAGAGUUGAAAACAAAAGCGGAAUAGAAAAAGAAUUUUUACAAUUAAUUAAUCAAUUAUAAGAAAAAUUUAUGCAAUUUUCAAAGGAACUUUAAAAAGUUAAUAUUGAUUAAGAUAAAAUUCAAAAUCUAAAAGAAAUUAAGAAAAAAGAGAAAAUUUGUAUAAUCAAUUGGUUUAGGAAGUAGAAACCUUAAAAUAAUAUUCAUAAAUUAAUAAAUCUAAUUAGAAGUUAUUUAAUCAAACAAUAAAGCAUUUUCAAUACAAAAAAGAAAAAUUUGA